AUGUACGAAACGAAGGUUUCUGGCUCUGACGAUGUCCGGCACAGGACCGCCGAAAGCUCAGCAUGGAGUCAUCGGGGUCGUAGGACUGUGGGUCGAGGUAUUCUUCGUACAAUUCAACAGACAAAAGUCAAAGGCAACCCUACUUCGGUAUCCGUCAUCCAUCCAUUCUAUUUUCUUCACAGACCAAAUCUUGCAGCUCGCUCCUUUCUUUCCCGUCUUCUUCCACUUUCCAGCCGAGAGUCAUCGCCAGGAAAAGAUUCAUAUUGCCACCCUGAUCUUUCUGCUGCAGAAUCACAUUCAGCUUCAGCCGUAGGGAGCAGCAGCCGGUGGCGUAAGCGGCCUCCUGUAUCAAAAACUCCAGCAUCUGAAACGUCUGUGGCAGAUCUUAACACUCCUCGAGUAGCCGAGCUCGAUUCUUUGACUCGUUUUUUAGAUCGUACUGGUCUCGCUCGCUGGAUGACUGAAUCACAUGGCUUACAUGGACAGAUCACUGCUCUUCACUACGAGGGGCAAUUUGUAUCCAACUCCCUGCACGGGUUUGUUUAG